CACGCCACAGUAGAUUAAAUGUAAAAACGUCGCAAGUGCAUGUUUCUGAGUUUUCAAAAUUAGCCGGUGCAUAUUAUACGUGUCACAUUAAUGUUGUUUGAUAACAUGAAGAUUUUACUGCUGUGUCGUUCAGAAACGCAUCAAGAAGUUCACAUUUAUAAGUGCAGUUUGUUGCGUUUGCAUCAACUUUUAAGGGAUAACGACUGGUUAUGUGUUACGGAUUAAUUCAGUUUCGUCAUGUGUGCUUUUGGUCGCUACAUAGACUGUAUCGAUGUUAACUUGGAGAAAGUAGUAAUUGAAGUGCGAGUACUUGAAUGUGUGGUAAAAGUUAAAGGCAAGCAAAUAAGAACAAACAAAUGGUUGUUGCCUUACCAUUGGAAGGAGGUAUACAGCAUUCUCCAUACUGCUGCUGAGAACCAUAUGAAAAAUGAACUUGCUGAAACUGUUGUAGCACAAGGGAAAGAUACCCAAGUGGCUCUGAUGUUUAAACCUUUUCUGGCUGUGUACCCAUAUAUCAUUAACCCAUACCAAAGUAAUGGUGAUCUGGUAGGAGCUCUUCAAGACUCAGGAGAAGAAUCAGCAUCUUACAAGUCUAUGAUUGUAGCUAGUGUUUAUCCAAAAUGUACUGCUGAUAUUUCCAGAGAGAACUAUUCAGAAUUUGGAAGCUGUGGUUUAAAGAGCUCUGCAUAUGCAAGAAAUAGAAUAAGAAACUUGAAAUUAAACUCUGUGGCAGAUGAUAAGUUUUACAGUGAAAUAAUAUGGCAAACUGUUGAAGAUUUUCAAAGAAUACCCAAUGAUAUUAAAUUGAGAAAAGAAGCCGAAGACCGCACAAAUGCAUAUGUGGCUACUGACAGUCUCCCUGGUUAUUCUGAUGACUGUGAUUCUUACAGCUGUGAGUCCGAUACUCCAGAGAAAUUCUUCACCAUUGAGAAAUAUUCCAAAUACACUGGUGCAGUUAUCAGGCAGUAUGUAAAUCCAGAUAGUCCAGAACAUUCUUCUCCCAACAGUAAACACAAGUGUGAUUUUCAUUUUAGUAAUCUGGGUGCAGAAGUGGAAUCUGUUAACAGUAAACCAACUUCUGCAGUAUCAGUUAAAUUUAGCCCUAGGAAAAAACAAAAUAUAUCACAUGAUUGUAGUGGUGCAAAGGAUAAACAAAGACCAAAGUGCGAUUCAUCUUCUGAUGAUGACAGACAUCACUUGAGCAAGACAAGGAAUGCAAGAAAAUAUGAAGGGAAAUUCUGUGUAAACAGACCCAAAUGGAAGAACAUGGCAAAUGUCAUAUAUAAAGAGGAAGGCACCAGUGGAAGUAAAUGGAAAAUGGAGAAUGAUAUGCUCAAUGAUCCAAAGACUGUGACAGAGAAUCCUACAAGAUGUUAUGAAGACACAAUCAGUGAAAGAAGGAAGGUUGACAGUACAGCAGAGAAUAAAGGGAAAAGUGAACUGCAAAGCAGAGGAGCUUAUACUUCAAACAGAACGCAUAAAACAUGCUCUAUGGAAACAGACGUGGUGAUGAAAGUGACUUCAUUUAAAGAAACAAGUGCAGACAAUAAGUAUAUAAGAAGAGGUAACAGUAAGGAAUCAGAUUCAGCGAAAACAAGAAUAUCUCAAUUGAAUAAUAAAAGAACACACAAAAAUAACCGAACAAUAAAUCAUUACUUUCAAACGAAAAAAACAGAACAUGUUUCAUUGUUUGGUAGUUCAGAAGAAAGUGUUGAAACUCCACACAUAUCAAGCACUGAUGACUGUGUGCCAGGCACACCUAUCCACACAACACAAUUUGGAAUACAACUUAUAAGUAAAACAGAAAAUUUGUCAGUUGAAAGUCCAGUAUCUUUAGGUCAUUGUGUAAGAGAACCCAAAUGCUCUGUCAGAAUUCAGCAGACCAAGUCUGAACCAGUGGAUUAUGAUACUGACAAAAGCAGCAGCAAGGCCAAACUGUCAGGUUAUUCAAAUUAUACUAAGAAAAAAAAAUGCAGUAUACUUUCUGCUAGAAGAAAGAGGCAUAAAUCUGCUGCAGAGAUCUCUAAGAGGGCCAGUGGACAUAUCCCUUCAUAUUUUGGAUCUCAAGUGGGGAAAAGUGACAGGAAGUCUUCACUGCAAAAUGUUUACCAGCAGCAGUUAAAAUCUGUUGUACAGGCUGUAAAUGAGGGUGAACUUCUUCCCAGUUCAUCAGAAGAAUCAGGAAAAGGAACUGCCAUAUCUGAAGACUUGUUAUUAUGUGGUGCUGAGCAGAAAGAGUUAAAAAUUGUUCCAGAUGUCUUUUUGAAAACUAAAGAUAACUUUGAAACUAACCAUGGACAAGAAGCAGUGACCAGUAGUAACAAUCAAGAGGACUUCAAAGUUUCACAUCUCACAUUAGAAGAGCUAGAGCAGAAGUUUAAGAGCAACGUAAAAUACCUUUAUGGCAUUCUGAAGGGUGAGAUAUAUUGCUGGCGCCAUGAACAAUUCAAAAAAGGUGGCACUGAUUCACGUAAUCUCUGCUAUGCUGUUUCUACGAUUCCCUACACAGAUUCACAGUUAAAUCACUUGCUGUUUCUCAUACGCAACACCUUCUACCGUAAGUACAGUUAUAUGAACCACUUUGAUUAUAUUAUGAAGGUUCUACUUCCUGAGGCAACUACUAAGAUUUUUAUGGACCAGUUCUCACUUAGCCAUGAACAGACUUUACAAAAGAUACACAAAAUUCAUAUUGCUUCUGACACACCUGAUGAAAAAUCUUUACCAUGGUAACCAUCUUAUAACAGCUGAUCAUGUACUAUGUGAGUAGUAUAUUACUUGUGCAGUGGAGCAUAUUUUAAGUAAAACUUCAUAGUGUAUUCAUUUUAAUUUUCAUCCCAAAACUGUCCAUCUGUGGAUGAAAAUAAUUGGUAGUAAGCAAUAUAGAAAAUAAACUUGUCAGUGUUUGGGGUGUAAACAUAAAUUAAUACCACAAAUAUAUCUUACAUAAAAAUCAUGGUUUAGUGAAGUAGUGAAUUAAGUGCUUUCUAAUAUUAGUACCGACAAAACCUGUUAAUUGCCAUUGUGAACUGAAAUCUCAGUUGGUGCCAAUUUUGGACUGGAGCCAAUAUUUGUCAUCUAUACUUUAUGGAAUAAUCAGUGAUACUUUUAAAUUUUCUGUAAUUGUGCUUUUGAUUUUAUCUAGUGUUAAGGUGCAGACAACCUCAGUUUUAAGUCGUGUGGCUCUGUCUUAUCAGGUCAUCAGUAAUGUGAAGGUACUUAGUGUUACAAUUACAAACUUGCUACCACACCACAAUAUUAAAAUGUUAAUGAUUCAAGACAUUUAGUUAUUAACUGAGCAAGUUCUCUCAAGCAGUAAUGCUUGUGACUUGUAUUCAGAAGGUGCCCAGUUCGAAUCUCAGCUGGGACCUCACUCUUCCAACAGGGAAAUGUACUACAUAUAAAACAGAUGAGAGCCCAUAUUCGGAGUAAUUUAUCAAAGAAAUCUUUAAAAAUGUAUGAAAAGAAAAAUGGUUAAAUUUAUUUAAAAAAUACAGAAAUAUAUACAUAAAAAGUGGUUUCACUGAUUGGCUCCAAGAGUUAACAGAAUUUUGAUUUUACUUUUAAACCAGUUGGUUUCAUUUUAUCUGGGAUGACUAAAACAGAAGCUGUAUUGGCAAAUGUGUAUUACUUAUACAGGUGUAUGUGGUGGAGACAUUAUUUUAUGAAGAUAUUUAAACAAUUUCAGAACCAAACUGCAAUUUUUAAUUUUCACUGUCAUAAGCCUUUUUGUAUUGAAGAACAAUGUCCUCAGAGGAAAGUAAUAAACUCAAAAUUUUGUCAUUUU